CCCUAGUGGGUUUGGUUGCAGCGCGGCUUUGGCGCAUUUUCGGCUGGUUUGAUUCAUCCAUUUUGAAGAGACGGGGGAGCGGGGGGCUCGUCUGAUUAAGGGGCCCUGAACCAAGAAGCAGCGGAGUUUGAGAAGCCAGCAGCCCGGGGUUCGGCGGCAGCGGCCCCAUCGGCCGAAGUUGGGGGGGGUGGGGCGCCGAGCGCGCGGGGUGGGGGGGGUCCUGGUCUUUGGCUUCUCGACUCGGUCCUGUUUCGACAGCGAACAUGUCUCGGCCUGUCAGAAAUAGAAAGGUGGUUGAUUAUUCACAGUUUCAGGAAUCUGAUGAUGCUGAUGAAGAUUAUGGAAGAGAUUCAGGGCCUCCAGCUAAGAAAAUUCGGUCAUCUCCCCGAGAAGCUAAAAACAAGAGGCGAUCUGGAAAGAAUUCACAGGAAGAUAGUGAGGACUCCGAAGAAAAAGAUGUGAAGACCAAGAAGGACGAUUCUCACUCAGCAGAGGACAGUGAAGAUGAAAAAGAAGAUCAUAAAAAUGUGCGCCAGCAACGGCAGGCAGCCUCUAAAGCAGCUUCCAAACAGAGAGAGAUGCUCAUGGAGGACGUGGGCAGCGAAGAAGAACAAGAAGAGGAAGAUGAGGCGCCGUUCCAAGAGAAAGAUUCCGGCAGCGAUGAAGAUUUCCUCAUGGAAGAUGAUGAUGAUAGUGACUAUGGCAGUUCAAAAAAGAAAAACAAAAAGAUGGUUAAGAAGUCCAAACCUGAGAGAAAAGAAAAGAAAAUGCCCAAACCCAGGCUAAAGGCUACAGUGACUCCAAGCCCUGUGAAAGGCAAAGGGAAGGUGGGUCGCCCCACAGCUUCCAAGGCAUCAAAGGAAAAGACUCCUUCUCCCAAAGAAGAAGACGAGGAACCAGAAAGCCCUCCAGAAAAGAAACCCUCUGCCAGCCCUCCACCUGAGAAAUCUGGGGAUGAAGGGUCUGAAGAUGAAGCCCAGUCUGGGGAGGAUUAAAAAAGUGAUGAUGGUUUGGGGAGAGAUUUUAUUAAAAAAAAAGAGAAAAAAAAAAAAAAAAAAAGAAAAAGGGGGAAAAAAAAACUUACUUAAGAUAGAACAUGGUUUUGGCUAUGGCUUGACUCAUGGGCUUUCAAUGCUUUUUCCCUUUUCUUGAAAAUAACAUUCUCUGUCUUUCUCUCUCUCUCUCUCUCUCUCUCUCUCUCUCUCUUUUUUCCAAGAAAACCAUUGUAUGUUUAAUUUACUUUUUUGUCUUUUGGUCUUUUCUUUGCCGUCACCCCUCUUUCCCACCCCUUCCCAAUGAAAGCCAUGUCAAAGUAAUCACUGGAUUGACUGCUUCAUCUUUUUAUUUUUAAUGGAAGGUAUGCCACAGUUGUAAAGCAAUAAGAUUUGAGGUGAACGCUAUGGAAAUUUUGCUUUUUGCUAAACGGUAGCAAGUUGAACCCUAAUCAAAAAACAUAGAAGGGGUUUAGUUAAAAAUGAUUGCUUCUUUCUCUACCUGGACUUAAAAAAAUCAGUUGUCAUCUAAUACAAGUUUAUAUGUCUAUAUACACAAGUAUAGAUGUCUACAAAAAAUCAUGAUGUUACACUUCCACUGAUGGGGCAGGUAGGAGAUAAAGCUGAAUGCUGAAUUCUGAAUUGUUACUAAAAGUAUUCAUAUUUUUUACCGAGGGAGCAGGGCAGGGAAUGGGGUCACCUGACCUUGUGUGAGGGGGUGGGUUUGUUUUGUUUUGUUUUGUUUUGUUUUGUUUUUUAAUUCCGUCACCUGUUAUCUCAAAGAGACCGGGAGCCAGUGAUCCUUUUACCCUGCUACAGUCUUUCAGGAACUUUAAAAAAAAAAAAAAAAAAAAAAAAAAAGCAAACAAACACAAGGGCCACCAAAACUUAAGUCACUCUUGAUUUCCUAUUUCAUUCUCUAGUGGUUCAUGUUUUUAAAUAUAUAUGUAUCUAUUCUGUUUCUUGGAUAAAAUUUUACCAAGGAUCAAAAAAAAACCCACAAAAAACAAAAACAAACCUAGAAUUUAAAUGGCAAGAUCUAUACACCAGAGUGGAUUUCUUCUUAACUGACAAUGUUUAGGUUUUAAGCAAAUAAAGUACCAAUUAAUGUGAAACUCAAUCACAGAGACUUGAGAUUUUUCCUUUAUGAAAACCGAAAAUUGAAAUUCUUUUAUGCC